AGCAGCAGCAAAUCUCCAGCGGCUGAGCGCAGGAAUUAGGUCAGGCGGUCACAGACGCGCAGGAACGGGCUCCGAGCUAAACAACACAUCCACAUAGCAGUUAAGAGCGUCCGGUCAGUUUUCUGGCUUCCAAUGCGGCAGAUCUCGCCUGUUCGGAUGUUUUGGGGUGAUGGUCCAGGCUGACAGCGCAGUGACUGAUUUUCACUGUUUCAGCUUCAGCGAGCUCAACUGAGUAUAAACAUAAAGCAGAAUGAAAAGAAGACUGAGCAAGGACAUAGAGGGCAGCAGCUCAUCCUGUGAAGAACUGAUGGAGGUUUGCAAGAGAGCUAGACAUCCUAGUGAGGACUCUGGAGAUCUGGCAUCCAACUGGGCAUGGUUACACCAGGAGGUACUGCUGCGCAUCUUUCAGUACUUGCCACUGCUAGAUCGAGCCUUUGCGUCUCAGGUGUGUCGUGGUUGGAACCAAGCCUUUCAUAUGCCUGAGCUCUGGAGAUGCUUUGAAUUUGAACUUACCCAGCCAGCAAGCUCUUACCUAAAGGCCACCCAUCCUGAUCUUAUCAAGCAGAUCAUCAAGAGGCACUCAAAUCAUUUGCAGUAUGUCAGCUUCAAGGUGGACAGUAGUACAGAAUCAGCAGAGGCAGCAUGUGACAUCCUCUCUCAACUAGUAAACUGCUCACUAAAGACCCUCGGGCUCAUUUCUACAGCACGGCCGAGCUUCAUGGAGUUACCAAAGUCCCAUUUCAUCUCUGCGCUGACAGUGGUGUUCGUCAACUCUAAGUCCCUGUCAUCACUCAAGAUUGAUGAUACGCCAGUUGAUGACCCAUCACUUAAGGUCCUGGUGGCCAACAACAGCGACACACUCAAACUGUUAAAGAUGAGCAGUUGCCCACAUGUUUCCCCUGCUGGCAUCCUGUGUGUUGCUGAUCAGUGCCAUGGCUUGAGGGAACUGGCACUGAAUUACCACCUGUUGAGUGACGAGCUCCUCCUUGCACUCUCCUCAGAGAAGCAUGUGCACCUAGAGCACCUACGCAUUGAUGUGGUGAGUGAAAACCCUGGUCAACAGUUCCAUACCAUCAAGAAAAGCAGCUGGGAUGCCAUGGUCCGCCACUCCCCAAAGUUCAACUUGGUCAUGUACUUCUUCCUCUAUGAAGAAGAAUUUGGCCCUUUCUUUCGUGAUGAAAUUCCUGUCACGCACCUUUAUUUUGGCCGUUCAGUCAGUAAGGAUGUGCUUGGCCGCGUAGGCAUGAACUGUCCUCGACUUGUGGAGCUGGUGGUCUGUGCUAACGGUCUGCGCCCGCUGGAUGAGGAGCUGAUCCGCAUUGCCGAACGCUGUAAGCAGCUGUCUGCCAUUGGCUUGGGGGAGUGUGAAGUGUCUUGCAGUGCAUUUGUGGAGUUUGUGAAGAUGUGUGGCCGACGCCUCUCACAGCUCUCCAUUAUGGAGGAGGUGCUCAUCCCUGACCACAAGUAUAGCCUGGACGAGAUCCACUGGGAGGUGUCCAAACACCUUGGUCGUGUCUGGUUCCCUGAUAUGAUGCCUACGUGGUAAAACACUAGCAGACCAGUUCCCUUCUCACAUUAGUACAUUCAUAACGAGUACACCCAGCUUAUCACUUCACCCUAUAAGGCAGUCAGUUUCGACACUGACUUGAUAUGUUUCUAUAUGUUUUCUCUUCAAGAAGUAUCAUGGAGAUUCUCAUUGUGUUUGAGAUAUUGCUUUUCUUUACAUGUGUAAUAGCAUCAGGGGUUUUAGGUGGAAAAUCUUUACAGGAUCAGACACUUUGAAUAGCGUGGCUUGUUUUCUGAAAAGACUGAUGCCAUAUGUUGUGUACAUAGUGAAAAGUAUGAAUAUGAAAGAAAUAAGCUUGUGUCCAGCACAUAAUGGUAAUACUACAGUGUAGUAAGCUUUUAUAUUCUAAUUGGAUCACAUAGGAGAACAUAAAAAGGCCUGCAUAAUUGUACCAUGUUAGGCUGAUCAUUAAUGUAGCUACAUAUUCCAAAUGUCCACAUGUUCAGUAAUUUUUCUGGAACCUACAUAUAGGAUUUCUAAUUUACAUCUAAUUAAUCCUCAUAAAUCAGUGGUCACUAACUCACAUUUUUUUUAUUCUUGGCUGUUUGUCAAAUUAUAUUUAUGUAUAUUGUUACUAAUGUGGUGGAGAGUGAAGUAUUGUCAGUAAUAGUGGAGGACUCAUGGCAAAAGUCUUAUUCGUUGAUGGAGCACCUUGAAAGCUGCCAGAGUUUGUCCACCAGUAGGGAGUGCAACUAAGAAACUGUCAGCUCCCAGCUAAACGUUUUUCAAAAGCUCUGCUGAAGACUCGCUGCUUUCUUGACACAGAAUAAUUGGGAAUUUGACAAAGUACAACAUCUUCAGAACAUUUUUCCACUCGGUUGCACCUUCUGUCUUGGAACAAAAACUGCUUUGCAGCUUUAGUGGACUGUCUUAUCUUCUUCUUUGCCCAUUGUUUUUGUUUGUUUCUCAAGUAUGUUACAGUAAUCUUAACUUACUCCAUCAGCUAAAGGGGAAGUUCUUGGUUGAAAAGGUGACCACCAAAAGCAGACUAAAUGGAAAUGAAUGGCUGUUUUCUCAUUGCACCACAAUUAGUGCUAAAAUAUAUGGUAGCAAGCUGUAUUGGAGUCCCUGUGACAAAGACAAACCAAUUGUGUUAGGAUUUGAGGACUAAAUGGGGAGAAAACAGAAAUAAGAAAAAAAAAUCAUUUUUUACUUUCAGGCUUACAGAUAGGUCCAAGAUAAAUGGAAAGCCUUUACUGCACAUUGAAUUCAGUACUACCUAUGAGUCUGUUGACUGCUUUUAAUUUUAUAUACGACAAUAAUUUUUUUACCCUAAUUCAAACAGAUUUCUUCCUGCUAGGACAAUGACUUUUGGUUAAGCUGUUGUGUAUUUGUAUAAAUCGUUUUGUACAGUUAAUAUAAAGCACCUUAAAUGCAUACCAAAUUAAUCACAAACAUGAGCGAACAUGUGGAGAAGGAUUUUUUAUCUCUUGAUGGUUAUUUUGUAAGUUAGCAAUUACUUCUAUUUUUAAAGCAGCAGAAUGUGUGGGGUAUAGUUUUUACCUACAUGUAGUUCAUUGAUACAGAGAAGUUGGGACUGCAUGACACAAUCAGUUCAAAUAACCUGAGAGAGUAAAGUUUUAAGAUGAAGGUCUGCUGUUCUGGAAAUUAUUUGGAAAUGUCUAAAUGGAUUUGUGGCAUGUUUUGGAGUGUGAUCUGGUAGAUAUGGCUUUGCGAAACAUAAACAAAGUUUGAUGUAAUUUAAUCAUUUUUUACAUCUUCGACCAUUUUCUAGUUCUAUCCUAGGUUGAAUGAUCAGAACAUGCAUUAUGAAAAAUGAAUCAGGACCUGAUUGCACCCUGUUUAUCAUUCAGUUGAAGAAGUCACUGGAGUGAAGUGCUUAAUUUUUUUUCUUUAAGAAGGAAGUCCCCUAUGCCUGUAUAUAAAAUGCUGCCUGUGUGAUAAUGAAUAGAAAUAUACGUAUUUCUUUUUCUUUUCUCCUCUGUCAGGGUUGGAAUUUGCAAUGAUGAUCUUUCAUUAGAGCGAGCAUGGUCCUUUGGUAGAUCUUCUACCACUAAUUAAUUUGGUUAUUCAUAUAAUUUAUUAAUAAGCCUUUGUAUUAACUCAUUUAAAAUGGUUUAAUGAUUUCUGAGCUGUUCUGAGUCCUUUCAGUAUGUUAACACUGCUGUAAUUUCCCAUCAAAAAACUAAUGUUAGCACAACUAAUUCAGUAACACUUAAAAUCAGACACAAAAAAUAUGCUUGUUUAGCUUUUUAUUGGAGUGACAAGUGAAAAUCAAGUUUGUUGGUGAGCAGUGCUUUACCCAAAAUGCAAGAAAAUGAGUCACUCAUUUGUACAUACUGAUUUACAAGAGUGAAAUGUCUAUAAUGGUUUUGUCUAUAUGAAAGGUUUAUGACUCAUAGCCAGCGUUUUCAACUGACAAUAGUGUUCUUUUCUCAAAAUGAAUACCUAAGUACUGUUUUGGGGGAAAAAACUUGAUGUGUGAGCAUCAGCUUGUUGUUUUCAACAUACUCACUUGCUUCUCAUUUUGCAUUGUUCCAAUAAAUUACAUAAAAUUCCA